AUGAGAACGUGUCCCUUCCUCACGAUCACAACCAAAGUCCAAUCUCCAUUGGGCGUACUAGUGGGGCCCGGAAGGAGCCGAAGCUGCAGUUCAGACGUGAUGGAUGUGAGGCUAAUUGGCACUAGUGCGGAAAGAACUGCACUUUCCGUCUUUAGCUCAUCAUCAUCAUCAGCAGCAGCAGCCACAGACGGAUUCAAUUCCUAUAAAUACAUUGUCGAGCCGGUCGUACCCGGCUGUCCACAUAUGCCCAACACCAACGGGACGCCCAUGUAA